AUGAAGCAGCGGAUCAGUCUGUGUGUGGACGGCGGGAGGAAGAAGCCAAAGAAAGGCAGACACUGGCUACUGUGGACAGAGCCUUCAACCUCCGACUUCGACAUCAAGGAGGAUGCGUUUGAUUCCCAAGGGGAGGGGGCGGCCACUGUG